GCGUCACCGACUUAGCUGUGGAGAAGGGUUGGUGGCAUCCCUCCGAAGCGAAGUUCCCAGGUGUCUUCGACUUCUUCGGUGCAUACGGCUAUCAGCCGACCGCAGAGAACACGGCUAUUGAGGACAUCGCCAGCAUCAGGAACCUCAUGGCCUACUACAGUGGCCGGCGCAUGUGGCGCAUCUUUUCCCUUCUCAGCCCAAGUGAAGGUGAGAAGCUGGAUCCGAACUUGGGAAAUCUGCCCAAGACCAAGAAUCCAUACCCGCCCUCGGUGCCAGCACCGCGUGGCUCUGUGACUCGAUCGAUGGUCAUGAACGCCCUGCGCGACCACUACGAGGGCACGCCUUACGACCUGACGAAGGGCAUGGCUGCCGGGCCGCAUGGGACGCCCAACCGGGGGCCCAUCACGGGCAUCAAGGGGCAGUGGGAGCGAGCCAUCUCGAUGUUCCGCACGGCAUAUUCGUAUGUGUUGGAGAUUCGGCCAAACCGGCGGAGCAUCACAUGGUUUGGCUAUGACGCUGCGCACGGCACGGCGUGGAUGCCGUUCUAUGGCUCCUCACCCAUCCCAGCGCCGCAGAUGUACACUGCGCACGGCCUGAACAUGUCCACUUUCAACACGGACGCAGCUUGGUGGGCAUUCAACCUCGUCAACCAGUACUCCGACAUCAACUUCCAGCUGCCUGUCAGGCUCAUCAACGGCGAGGCCCGCGCGAAGGCCGGCGAGAUCGAGCUGGAGGCGGCGAAGCUGGUGAAGGUUUGGGAGGCAUCCAUCGACAGCUCCGGCGAGGAGGAUGAUCUUGCUAUACUGGCGGCCAAGACCAAUGCAUACGCAGAGGUGAAGGUCCAGGAGUGGUGGAAAUUCGCCUGGUACCUCAUCGCCAAGUAUGGCCGGCAGGUUGUCACAUACAACGAGUCCAGCGUCGGAGGUGUCAACUACACCGGGCAGAUCUAUCCGCAGUGGUGGCUGCAAAGUCCGGAUGUGGGGUUCACGACCUGGUCUCCGAAGGGCCCUUGGAUUGGCGUUCCGGACAUCGGGUGCGCUGCGCCAACACAGCUAUCUCUGCAGAGCAACCACACUUGGGCCGUCCUGGCCCUGGUACCCCUGGCUUACUUCGCCGGGCUCUGGCAUGGCAGACGACCAAAGGUCGCCGAGGGCUAUUUGGCCCUGGAGGAGGAGCACCAGCAGCAGGAGGACGAGGAGGAGGAGGAGGAGCAGAAGCAGAUAGUGUGGAAUGUGAUCGGGUUGAUGAUCAUCGUCACCUUCGGGUCUUCUCUGGACAUCGUCGCUAUCCAAGCCGAGAUGGCUGGGCAGAAGAUCGUGAAGUGGAUGCAGAAAGACCGGGUCUGGAUCGACUUUGCGCGGAAAAGGCUUGUGACUAUUGGUGUUGGCAACUUGGUCAGUGGCCACCCGGCAGCUGACUUUCAGGGUUUGGGCUUAGUUGGGGUAGAGUUGAAAUAUGCAGACGGCUUAGUUCGGUAG